UGCCAAGCUUGGUAUUCUGACUAGCCCUCUUUGUGAGUGCGGUGAGGAUGAGGGGAAUUUAAACCACAUUUUCCUUUCCUGUCCACGUUUCCAAAGAACCAACUUCAUCAAUAACUUGAUUUUUCUUCAAAUUCCAUUUCCAACAAACAUAUCAUUACUACUUCUAACAAAUGAAGCAACUGUAUAUAAAUGUAUUGUAUCAUUCUUAAUACUAAAUAAUAUUAAAUUAUAAAUAUUUAGAUAUAUUAAUAUAUUAUAUGAAAUAUAUAUAAAUAAAAAUUUAUGUAAAAUAUUCCUAUACUUUCCUGAUCCUUUUCCUUUUCACAUCGUAUCCUUACCUUUAUUAACCUUUUGUUUCCCAAAUUUUUGUUGGUGGCUAAAUGCACUUGUCGUGCGAAGCCAAUUAAAAAAAAAAAAAAAAAAAAAAAAAUAAAUUCAAAAAGCCAUUUCAUUUUAAAGAAGACAAAACCAAAAAGUUAAUUAAAAAUCUGCUGAAAUAAUUUUAAUAAAGGGUGUUCUAUUGCACGUAAUUUUACAAUUUGUAUAAUCUUUAGCACUUAAACACAAUGUCGAUUACAACAUUGUAUUAUUUGCAACAAAAAAAAGAAAAUGCUCACGACGAUUCAAUCUGGUGUUGUGGUUGGAGCAAGAUAGGAACUGACAAACAAAAAAAUGAAGAAAAUAAUGACAUGUCGCAAGAUUAUGAUAAUCCACAAGAGAUUUCUGAAAACUACAUUAUCACUGGAGGCUUAGAUGAUUUGGUGAAAAUCUGGCAAAUAGAUAAUGGGAAACUGGAAUUGAAACACAAGUUAGAAGGACAUUCUUUGGGAGUAAUAUCAGUAGUAGUUAGUCCAGAUGGUAAAACAUUAGCAAGUAGUUCCCAAGAUUCAUCCUUAAUAUUAUGGGAUAUUGCAUCAGGAGAUAAGUUAAAAUCAUUUGAAACUGGCACCACUGAUGUGUGGACACUGGACUUUUCACCUGAUGGAAAGCAUGUUAUCUCAGGGAGCAAUGCAGGAAAAAUUUUGAUAUUCAGCGUGGAGAGUGGUAAACAAGAACAAACAUUAGACACAAGAGGGAAGUUUACCUUGAGUGUAGCCUAUAGUCCUGAUGGUAAAUAUAUAGCGAGUGGAGCAUUAGAUGGAAUCAUAAAUAUUUUUGAUGUAGCACAGGGAAAACUUGUACAUACUUUAGAAGGUCAUGCAAUGCCAAUACGAAGUUUAUGUUUUUCACCCGACUCACAGUUGCUUUUAACAGCAUCUGAUGAUGGACAUAUGAAACUUUAUGAUGUGGUACAUGCAAACCUAGCAGGCACACUAUCAGGACAUGCAUCAUGGGUGCUUUCUGUAGCUUUCUCUCCUGAUGGCAAAAGAUUUGUUUCGGGUAGUGCAGAUCGUACUGUUCGUGUGUGGGAUCUGGAUAGCAUGCAGUGUCAAAAUGUGUUUAAAGAACACACUGAUCAGAAUUCAUCUAUACUAUUUAAGAAAGAGAAUGCUCACGAUGAGCCCAUUUAUUGCUGUGCCUGGACAAGGACAUGUAUAACUAAUGAUCCAAAGGGGCCUUCCAAAGAGUUUAUACUGACUGGGGCGUUAGAUGGUCUGGUUAAAGUGUGGAUGUUCGAAAAUAACAAAUUGGAAUUAGUUCACACACUAGUUGGACAUUGUAUGGCAGUUGUGUCGAUUGCUGUUAGCCCCGAUGGACAUAGUAUAGCCAGCACUUCUUUAGAUUCUACACUCAUAGUAUGGGACCUACUGUCGGGAAACAAAGUUCAUGAGGUGGAAACAUCUGUAACCGAUGUGUGGAAGGUUACAUUUUCUCCAGAUGGCAGUCAGGUUGCUACUGGUAGCCACACUGGCAAAGUUGUCGUUUAUGACAUUAGAAAUGUGUGCAUAUUCGAUGUGGUUCAAGGCAAACUUUUACAUACAAUCGAAGCCCACAGGCAGACAGUCAGAAGUAUUGCAUUUUCGCCAGACUCCAAGUUCCUUCUUACAGCAUCCGAUGACGGCACAGUAAAAAUAUAUGACGUAGCUAGUGCAAACCCAUGUGGCGCAGUAGAGCACAAAUCGUGGGCGGUAUGUGCCGUAUUCUCACCAGAUGGCAGCCGUGUCGCCACUUCUACUAGCGACGGUAGCGUCCGAAUCGUAUCGCUAGAUGGCUUGAAGGUUCUUAACACUUUUCGAGAACAUGUUGAUACCGUAUGGGGAGUGCAUUUUAAUGCGAAAGGCAACAGGCUUCUAUCAGUUGCUAAAGACAAAAGCCUAAUUAUGUAUGAAUGUCCAAUUCCACCCAAAAGUACUGUUAAAAAGUAAUAAAUAGUCAUUGUCAAUGUUGCUUUAUUUUUUAUUAAUCCUCAUUACUUACAAAGCGCCAACUAAACAACCUGAGAA